GAUGCCCGCAAACCUACCCGCCUUCCUGAGUCACCACCAGGAUAACCAAACAAAGCUCCAACCUUUUUCUUCCACGUUCAACCCAAAAGCCACCAAUGGCUCAGCCAUUUAUAACUGAGCCAUGCUUCUUUCCAUCUUCUCUUCUUCUGUAACCAACUCUGCUCUCAUUUCCUCCCUUCUGCUAACCCCUCGACGAACUUCCCCUGCUUCUCCCUUCUUUCUCAGAAAAGUCAUAACCAGAGCUAUCUCCUUCUGCAUCACAACUUCCACCAUGUCCGUUAACUUGCAAGCCCAUGCCUUCGCCGGCAACCCUCUGAGAUCCACUAUUCCCAAGCCCGGCGACCCGUUUUCCCCAUCCUCUGCCCUCGAAACCCUCAGGAGCCGGCUCAUGGAGAGUACCAGUAGCAACCAGUUGAUUUCUCCAAGUUUCCAAGUUUUGCCCUUCAGGAAGGGCCGGCCUCUGGCUUCUUCCGUCGAUGGGGACGGCGGCGAUGCUUCGGGGCCAAAUUGGCAUCUGGGAUGGAUUGGUCUUGCUGAUUGCAGAGGGUAUCUGGCUAAGUCUGGAGUUGAAUUGACCGCCGAGAGCUUGGUGUUUCUGGGUUUCAUGCCCGAUGAGGAUGUAGUUUACUGGGCAAUUGAUGUUUCUAGUGAGAAUAGUUUGGUUCCUGAAUUGGGUGGGAAACGACUAUGUUUUGUGGAGUUGAGAACUCUUAUGGUGGCUGCUGAUUGGACUGAUGAUCGCGCCAUGGCGGAUUUGGCCAUUGCUGGUCAUGCAAGAGCAUUGCUAGAAUGGCAUAAGCUAAGUCGUUUCUGUGGAUCUUGUGGAGCAAAUACUGUCCCUGCCGAAGCUGGCAGAAGGAAACAAUGCUCGAAUGAGACUUGUAAGGCGAGAGUCUAUCCUCGUAUUGAUCCGGUUGUGAUCAUGUUGGUUAUUGACAAAGAGAAUGAUCGAGUACUUUUGAGCAGACAAUCGAGAUUUGUACCUCGAAUGUGGAGUUGCUUAGCUGGUUUUAUAGAGCCUGGAGAAAGCUUAGAAGAGGCUGUGAGGAGAGAAACUUUUGAAGAGGCUGGAAUUGAAGUAGGAGAAGUUGUCUAUCAUAGCUCUCAGCCAUGGCCUGUUGGCCCAAACAGCAUGCCAUGCCAACUGAUGGUCGGUUUCUUUGCUUAUGCAAAGACGCUGGAAAUCAAUGUCGACAAAACCGAGUUAGAAGAUGCGGAAUGGCACAGCCGAGAAGAAGUACAGAAAGCACUGUCUUUAGCAGAGUACAAGAAGGCACAAACCACAGCAGCAGCCAAAGUAGAGCAGAUGUGCAAGGGCGUCGAAAAAGGUCAGAGCUUGUCUGCAGAUUUCAACGUCGAAAGCGGUGAACUUGCUCCAAUGUUCUUCCCUGGCCCUUUCGCAAUUGCUCAUCACCUCAUCUCUUCGUGGGUCAAUGGCAAGUCAACCAUCGGUGUUGGUGGGAGACAACCCAGUACUUCUCUCUCAAAUCUAUAGCGCCCUUCUUCUCAUCAUUCCCAGAAACCCAUUAUCGUUUGUGCAAAUAAUGUUUUGCAAAAGAGCAGAUUGUAUCAGCACCCUUUUAUUUUCGAUUCGGGAUGAUGCUUCUGGAACAAUGGCUUCGAGUGUAUUUGAUUGAUGGAUUGUACCAACUGUCAUCAACCAACUGAAUCAAAACAGUCUAUGUAUGUUUGUAUGUUCAUUCAUAUAGCAAAGAUGGAUUGUACCAACUGUGAAAUAUUCUACGUUAUGCUCCUUUUUACUCUGAACUUGCUCCCCUAACCGGAUCAUGGUUAUUGGUUAUCUCUAAUAAGAGAGUUUUGCUGGAAACCAGGAAUAUCAGGAGGUGGUGCCUCAGAAGCCAGAAGGCUUAAUCGAUUUAGUCCAGUGUCUUAAAAAAAUCUUUAUGUCGUU